AGACAGUAACGGUUGUGCCUCCACUUUUGUUGAAGUGGAUGGGCUCUGACUCCAACCCCACUUUUGGGGUUAAUUAACCUAGCUUCCCCGCAAUGCAGACCCCGGCGGUUGGUUUCGUUGAUCACUUUGAUCAUCAUCAUCGAAAUUCAAUGGGCCAGUUCUCUUCCAUGCCACAUCGACAACCAUUUUUGUGCUCUCUGACGACACCCGCACCCACAUUUUUGCUGCCCAAGGAGGAGGAGGAGCAGUAGUAGGUUUUAUCCGGUUUAGUGCCUGAUUUUAAGGACCACCAUAUGAUUUCAGCAAUGGUGAAGCGGGUGCGUGAGAUAUUCAUCUUUUUCUUCUUAGCAAUGUUGUCCAAGGCAAUAGGCACAAAGCCUUUUUGGAGAACGAGAGAGCCAGCUGACGGUAACUCUAACGACUGCUUGAGCUGGCGGCUGGCGGUGGAGGCUAACAAUGUGCGCGGGUGGCGCACCGUCCCAACUCAUUGCCAACACUACAUAGAAACUUACAUGAUUGGCGGGCAAUACGAGCUGGACAUGAACUAUAUUGCGGAACAAAUAAAGAGUUACGUUACUGAUCUGGUUGUGUCUGGUGAUGGCAUGGAUGCUUGGAUCCUGGAUGUUGAUGACACCUGCCUCUCAAAUAUCUUUUACUACCAGGGAAAGAAAUACGGGUGUGACCCUUACGAUCCUUCAGGUUUCAAGGCAUGGGCAAUGAUGGGAGCGUGUCCAGCGAUUCCUGCGGUGCUUGGAUUGUUUACCAAGCUGGUCGACAGCGGAUUUAAGGUGUUCCUGGUGACUGGGAGAGACGAAGAGACCUUAGCCCCUGCCACCAUUGCUAAUUUGCAUAACCAAGGAUUCAUCGGCUAUGAAAGGUUGAUUUUUAGGACCCAAGCUUUCAAAGGGAAAAGUGCGGUGGUUUUCAAGUCUGAAAUUCGAAAGCAAUUAAUGAAAGAAGGCUACAAGAUAUGGGGGAACGUUGGCGACCAAUGGACUGAUUUGCAGGGGGAAUGUUUAGGCAACCAAACUUUCAAACUCCCAAAUCCAAUGUAUUGUGUUCCUUAAAUUAAUCCAAUAAAAGAAAAAUCAAAUGUAAAAAUAAAUUGUAUGGAAUGCCUCUGCAGGCUCUGGCAAUGAAGGGAUCAUAGACUUGUUGUCAUUGGCAUUGUUUACAUGAAUCCCUUAAGCAAUCUAGUAGAGCAGCAAUGGAGCUAGCUUCUUCAUGUUUACUUA